GUAGGAGACUUCCACUCCAGUCUUGCUGGCCUGGGUCCUGGGCUCCUGGCUGGUGAGGAGUGAGGAGUGGUGAUAGAAUCAUUAAAAGCAGCACCGGUCCUGCUUUUGCGCCUUGCUGUUCGCAUAAACAAGAGAUCGUACUCCUCCCAAGCAAUGUAUCCGUCGGCCCCUCCGGACGCGUAUAGUAACAAAUUCAGCAGCUCCGGGGCUCCCCCAACGGCGCCGCCGCCGGCAGCGUACCAGCAGCAGCAGCACGGGGCGAACAUGAACCCUUCACGCCCCGGCGGCGGGCUGAGGAAAUGGUCCACCGGCCUUUUCCACUGCAUGGACGACCCGGGAAACUGUCUCAUCACAUGCCUGUGCCCCUGCAUCACGUUCGGGCAGAUCGCUGACAUCGUGGACAAAGGCACCUGCCCAUGUCUCGCGAGUGGAUUCAUCUAUGGGCUCAUCUGCGCCUCGACGGGGAUGGGGUGCCUGUACUCGUGCCUCUACCGGUCCAAGCUGAGGGCCGAGUACGACGUGGAUGAAGGGGAGUGCCCGGACUUCCUGGUGCACUGCUGCUGCGAGCACCUGGCGUUGUGCCAAGAGUACCGCGAGCUCAAGAACCGUGGCUUCGACCUGGGAAUCGGUUGGGAGGCCAACAUGGACCGGCAGAGGCGAGGAGUUACCGGCGGCACGGUGAUGGGGGCGCCGGCCAUACCGCUCGGCAUGAUUAGGUAGGUGGUGGAUGGGAAAUGGCAACGCUUUGCUAGUUGCUUUCAUGGUGACAUUGGUCCCUUUGUGUUGCUAUGUACGUACUCCGUAAUUUAUUUUUGUUUCUUCGAACCUAUGUAAUUUAUCUGGCUUUUUUUCACUCUUUCUCGUCUGGAGUCGUGUGUACGACGCUGCUUUUUAGUUGGGUGUGAAUCGUGCCCGUGGUACCUGUAAUAUACUGUAUUCUGCUGAAGUGGAGCUUAAAUUUGAAACCCGCCAUGCCGGAGAGGCAAAUGGCUAUCCACUGGAGUAGUUGAGUGGAGCUUAAUUAAGUUUAGGUGAUUUAGACUGUGAUUGGUUUCUUUCCCAAUAUAAUACAAUGGCCAGAUUUGAUAAA